ACACUGCUUUUGGUGUCUGCUAUCCCCUGCACCACAUUUCUCUCUCUAUCUCUCUGUUCUUAUCUCUUCCCUCCCUUGAGGAUUUCCCAUUGGAUUCUUUCCUAUAGAGAAACAACUAAAACAGCCACAAAGGUGAAAAAGAGAAAGAGGGUUGUGAUUGAGAGAGAGCUAGCAAAACCUAAUCUUGCUUUUGUGUGAGAGAGAAUUGAAAGAAACCAUGGCCUUUGCAGGAACAACCCAGAAAUGCAUGGCAUGUGACAAGACUGUCUAUCUGGUCGACAAGCUUACCGCCGACAACCGUGUCUACCACAAGGCCUGCUUCCGAUGCCAUCACUGCAAAGGAACACUCAAGCUUGGCAACUACAAUUCCUUUGAGGGGGUUCUGUACUGCAGGCCACACUUCGAUCAACUCUUCAAAAGAACCGGUAGUCUCGACAAAAGCUUUGAAGGUACACCAAAAAUUGUGAAACCAGAAAAACCUAUUGAUAAUGAGAAACCACUAGCGAGUAAAGUCUCGAGCAAGUUUGGGGGAACGAGAGAGAAAUGUGUGGGCUGUAAGAACACUGUCUAUCCAACUGAAAGGGUUACGGUGAAUGGAACAGCGUACCAUAAGAGUUGUUUCAAAUGCAGCCAUGGAGGUUGUGUAAUCAGCCCAUCAAACUAUAUUGCUCAUGAGGGCCGACUUUAUUGUAAACACCACCACACCCAACUGAUAAGGGAGAAAGGCAAUUUGAGCCAGCUCGAAGGCGACCACGACAAGGAACCUGUAAAUGAGAAUCUCAAAGUCCAAGAAGUUGCUGAUGAGUCAUAAUCUGCCCAAGAAAUUAUUCUGAUCCUUUUCUUCCUCUGCUGUCUUGUGGUUUUCUACUGUUUGUAUUGAUGCAGUACCCUUUGAUUUCCCUGCAGUUGAGAAUGAUUUUACACCGGUGACAGAUAAAUUUUCUUAAAAUGUUUCCAGUGUGUGUGAGCGACUUUUGUUUGUGAUUUUGGGUGCUUUCAUGAGAUUGUGGAUGCUUAAUUGAGAUGGCAAGACUUAACUAUUCAUAAUAUCAUAUGACAAGUUAUGUGCCUGCCAAGGUUAUUUGUGAA